GUCUUUCUCAAGUCUCAGCCUUGGAGAAGAAGUUGAUCGUCAAUCAGAGUCCUUUAUCCAAACCAAAACCGUGUGAUCGAGCACCUGAUCUAGUGGAGUGGCCAACCAUGACUUACUGAAGCGUCAACUCAUCUCUCAACUACAGUGGCAGCAGUAGCUGGAGUAUCAAUUAUUCAACUCCUACACAGAACAUGGCCAUCAUAUACAUCACUAUCACCAAGCAUAUAAAUCGAUCUUUAUAUCUGCAUCUUUGGUUCCUCUUUGCUUUUCUCCUUAAUCAUCUUCCUCCAACAUCCAUUCUUGAACCCUUGUCCAAGAAACAACAAUAUUCAGAAUUUCAGCUGAAACACUAAUGCUAACUAUGACACAAGUAUAAAUAGCAGCAUAGACAGGCAUGUUGUUAUCAUCAAACACCAUUACUCAUCUCUAGUUCAGACACUAAUUAUUAACAUACACACAUUAAUUAGUGUGUUCUUCAUCAUCGCCGGCGAUCGAGCGAAGGCGACGAUGUUUUGCUUGCUGCAUCGGCUGUUCCCGUUCCUGGUUGGCACGGCCGUCGGCGUGUACGCGGCGCAGAAUUACAAGGUCCCCAACCUCCGGGGACUCGCCGACCGCGGCGUCGACGCCGCCAAGCAAUACGAGGAGGCCUACCGCAAGAAGCCCUCCUCCGGCGCCGGCGCCGGCGGCGGGAGCAAGAAGAGGAUGAACAAGGCCGUGGAGAUCGACGACGAUGAAGAGUAACUAAGUUACUGAUAGCUAGAGAUGCAAGCAGGUCGACCUACGAUGAACCGAACCCACUUAUAGGUCAAAUAAAUAACCCGUGGAUUUUCGGGUCGUGGCUCGGCUUGUCACAUCUAUAGAUGCAAGUGAAUUAGUGGAUAAUCCGCAUAGUUUUGCUUAUAAACAGGUUCGUGGGUUGGUCCACUUGCAUUCCUACUGAUGCUGGCUCCUACCCCAUCCAAGCUGCAAGGAGUAUAUAUGCUCUACAAAAACGAGCAACUAGUGUAUAAGUUAAAUUGUUUAGCGUAUGUAUGUACAAACUAACUGCUAUAUUCGUCUCAAAAUAUAACAACGUGAGACUGUCCAAAUUCGUGGUACUAAAAUAUAUCCCAUCUAUUUCUAGGUUGCUAUA